AUGGACGUCGCGACCUUUGGCUCCACUUGCUCGCCUUGCUCAGCCCAGUUUGUUAAAAAUCGCAAUGCUGAAGAGUUUGUCAAACAAUACCCCGAAGCAGUGGCAGCCAUAACCGGUAACCACUACGUGGAUGACUACUACGACAGCGCUGAUACCGAAGAUCAGGCAGUAGAGCGAGCAUUGCAAGUGAAGUAUAUCCAUUCAAAGGGAGGAUUCGAGCUUCGGAACUGGGUGUCAAACACCCAUGAAGUUCUUAAACGCGUGGGAGAACCAAAAGCUGAGCAGAUUGUCCAUUUCAACCAAGAUAAAGCUUCUGAUACUGAACGUGUCUUAGGAAUCAUAUGGGAUCCAGAAGAAGAUGUUUUCUCCUUUUCCACUGACCAUCGAGAAGACAUCAAAGAGUAUCUGGAGAACAUUAAAAAACCGACAAAACGAGUAGUAUUGAGUUGCGUGAUGGGAUUUUUCGAUCCGUUGGGACUUCUGGCGCCAUUCACCGUACAUGGCAAAACGCUGAUCCAGGACCUUUGGCGUAGUGGAUGCGACUGGGAUCAGGAAUUAAGCAGUGAAUGUUUUGGAACGUGGAAGCGAUGGAUUGAUCUUCUUCCUCUGGUGAGAACUAUCCGCAUUCCCAGAUGUUACCUUGGUCAAAUUCAUUCAAACGAUGUCACGUCAUUGGAUCUUCACGUUUUUACUGACGCUAGCGAAACCGCAUACGGAUGUGUUGCAUACUUCAGGGUUACAUGGGCAGGAGGAAUCAAAUGUUCUCUUGUUAUGGCGAAAUCAAAGGUUGCACCGUUGAAGCAACAGUCGAUACCUCGUUUGGAAUUGAUGGCAGCGGUACUUGGAGCAAAAAUGCAUCAGAUAAUCAAACAAAAUCACAGUUUCACCAUUCAUAAAUGCUAUUUCUGGACAGAUUCACAGACAACACUCAGCUGGAUACGAUCUGACCAACAUAGGUUUAAAACAUUCGUUGCGUUCCGGAUAGGCGAAAUUCAAGAAUCGACUAAUAUUUCUGCUUGGCACUGGGUACCCAGUAAACAGAACAUAGCGGAUGCCCUGACGAAGUGGGGACAAGGACCUCCACUUGAUUCGAAGAGCGCCUGGUUUAAUGGCCCGGAAUUUCUCUACGAACCUGCUGAUCAGUGGCCGAAACAAGAAUGUUCUACGGAUGUUGUGGAGGAUGAAUUGAAAUCAGUUUAUGUAUUAGUACACGAAGCGAGUUCAACGAAGAAGGUGGUAAUGGUUGAUGACAUAUCAACGUGGAAACGCGUACUCCGCAUUACAGCUACAGUUUAUCGAUUUAUAUGUAACAUCAAAAGAAAGAGGGAAGGUCUACCUAUGUUGGUCUCAAAGGCUACCGAAAAUCAAGCAAAAAUGCUUAAAGCUAAGUUGAAAACCAACCAGUGUCCGUUGCAAAGGGAAGAAUUGAUCAAAGCAGAAACAAUCCUUUGGCAACAAGCUCAAUACGAGGCGUUUCCAAAUGAAGUUCGAAUACUAAAGAAUAAUUUAAAACGAAAGGAAAAUGAGUCCCUGCAGCAACUGGAGAAGUCCAGUGUGUUGUAUAGGUUGACUCCAGUGAUCGAUGACAACGGUGUCAUGCGCAUGGGCGGUAGAAUGGAGCAAGCCGAGCACAUUCCCUUUGACACCAAGUUCCCUAUUAUAUUGCCGAAAGAUAAUUUAAUAACCACCAGACUAUUACAGUUUUUCCACGAGAAGUGUGGACACGGGAAUAAAGAAACUGUUUACAACGAAGUCUGCCAAAAAUUUUGGAUUCCUAAGUUGCGAGUGGCUAUUCAACAUAUCAUGCGCGAAUGUAUGUGGUGCAAAGUCUAUCGAUGCAAGCCAGAAAUACCUCGAAUGGCUCCACUUCCGGUCCAACGACUCUCAGCAAAGCUUGGUCCCUUUAGUUCAGUGGGGAUAGAUUAUCUUGGUCCUUUGGAAGUUACUGUUGGCCGACGCAAAGAAAAAAGAUGGGUUGCCGUAUUCACAUGUUUGGCGGUGCGAGCAGUACAUAUGGAGAUCAUCUACAGUUUAUCGACCCAAUCAUGUUUAAUGGCUAUUCGAAGAUUCAUCAGCAAGCGUGGAACACCCGAGGAGAUAUUUUCGGAUAAUGGUACCAACUUUUUGGGAAGCUGGAAUCAGAUGCUGAAGUCGAUCGAUUACGAAUGUGCUGAGAAAGUGACCAGUCCUAAAACAAAAUGGCAUUUCAUACCACCGGGCACCCCUCAUAUGGGAGGAGCAUGGGAGAGGAUGGUCCGGUCGGUGAAGGAAGCUCUGAAGGCGUUUAGUGACGGACGAAAGUUGACGGACGAAAUCUUAAUUACAGCGCUAUCGGAGGCGGAAGAUCUGAUCAACUUUCGACCCCUUACAUACAAAUCGCAGGAAACAACGGGCUCGGAAGCGCUCACUCCCAAUCAUUUUCUUCGUGUUGUGAAACCUAUUGAUAUGGAAGGAGACGAAGUUGAGGUGGCAGAUGCUUUACGAGACAUCUACAAGAGAUCCUUGUAUUUGGCAGAUCAACUAUGGCAGAGAUGGUACAAAGAGUAUUUACCGACUAUCAACAAAAGAACCAAAUGGUUUGAAGAACGUCGAACACUGAAGAAGGACGAUUUGGUGUUUAUAGUCAACGGAAAAAACAAAAAGCACUGGAUCCGAGGAAUAGUCGAGGAAAUUUUCGCGGCUCCAGAUGGAAGAGUACGACAAGCUCUAGUCAGAACAAACGUCGGGGUUCAUCGGAAAUCCGUAGCAAAUUUGGCUGUUCUAGGAGUAAAUCCGGAUGUUAUGUAG